CUAAUGUCAGCGCUUACAAGCGAUCAUUUGUUUUUUCCCGAACCAGUCAGUCUUUUAAAGUAUUGAAUGCCGAUCGGUCGCGCUAUUGUUGCACACCGUUUAUUAUUUCGCGACAAUUGUGCAAUAGAUCGAUUCAUAGUUGCCGGUUUUUCCAAAAUUUCCGUCAUGUCUACGAAUUUGGUUUAUAGCGAGAGCACGUCCCGUCUGACAGGAAUCGACCAUUUGCGCAGCGCGCAACUGAACAAGGACACGGCAUUCACAAUCCCGGAACGCCAGCAACUCGGCAUUCAUGGCAUGAUAGCGCCGGUGGUGCAGACGCAGGAUCAACAAAUUGCGGUCUGCAAAGCAUUGAUUGACCGAUGUCCCACCGACUUGGAUAAGGCUCUCUACUUACUCAAUCUCCUGGACCAAAAUCAGCGUUUGUUUUUCAAGAUUUUAGCUGAAGACAUUGAACGAUACAUGCCGUUAGUUUACACGCCGACGGUUGGUGCAACAUGUAUGAAUUACGCGCUUGCCUAUCGCAGGGGACGCGGCAUGUACAUCAGCAUCCAGGAUAAAGGAUAUAUCAUACAGAUCUUGAGAAAUUGGCCUGAAACCGAUGUGCGUGCAAUUUGUGUAACAGACGGUGAACGUAUCCUGGGACUUGGUGAUUUAGGUGCUUAUGGAAUGGGAAUACCAGUUGGAAAAUUAGCCCUUUACACAGCACUUGGAGGUGUCAAACCUUACCAAUGCUUGCCCAUUACCUUAGAUGUCGGAACAAAUACCGAAAAGUUGUUACAAGAUCCUUUAUAUAUUGGGCUUCGUCAGAAACGUGUUACUGGUGCUGAGUAUGAUGAAUUUAUUGAAGAAUUUAUGCAGGCUACUGUUCAGAGAUUUGGUCGCAACUGUCUGAUACAGUUCGAAGAUUUUGGCAAUUCUAACGCUUUCCGCCUGCUGGAAAAGUAUAAAAACAAUUAUUGCACAUUCAAUGAUGACAUUCAAGGCACAGCCAGUGUAGCUCUAUCAGGACUUCUAUCCUGUAUGCGCAUCACCAAAAAUAAACUGACCGACCACCGCAUAUUGUUCCAAGGAGCCGGAGAGGCUGCAUUAGGAAUAGCAGAUUUGUGCGUGAUGACAAUGACACGCGAGGGUCUAUCUCUAGAGGAAGCCAGAGAGAGAAUAUUUUUGGUAGACUCCAAAGGACUUGUUGUACUCAAUCGACCAGCUGGCGGUGUUAAUAAAUUGAAAGAAGUUUAUGCCAAAAAUUUUCCACCAACCGACAGUCUUGUGGAAGCUGUCAAAGUUGUAAAACCAACUGCUAUAAUUGGAGUGUCUGCAAUUGGUGGCGCGUUUAAUGCAGAAAUUUUACGACUGAUGGGAUGCAAUAAUGAACGGCCGAUUAUUUUUGCGCUUUCCAAUCCAACACAUAAGGCCGAAUGUACGGCAGAAGACGCUUACACCCACACAGAGGGUCGCUGCAUAUUUGCUUCUGGUUCACCAUUCCCUCCAUUCGAGUUGAAUGGUCGCACUCACAUGACCGGACAAGGUAAUAACGCGUAUAUCUUCCCUGGAAUUGGACUGGGUGUAGUCGCCUUUGGUAUACAUACGAUAGAUGAUGAAAUAUUCCUUAUUGCCGCUGAGGCCUUGUCUGAAUUGGUAACGGAAGAAGUUUUAGAAACUGGUUCGGUAUAUCCACCUUUGACGAGAAUUCGGGAGUGCUCUUUACGCAUUGCUGUAGCCAUAGCUGAACAUGCAUAUAAAAAAGGAACCGCUACCGUUAUACCCGAGCCCGAGGAUAAGGAGAUGUUCUUGAAAGAACAAAUGUAUAAUCCCGAAUAUACACCAUCAAUCUUGCCUUCUUACGAAUGGUCAGCGUAAUAAUACAAACACAACUUACUAAAAUUUUAAUUACUACUUAAUGGCAAAAAUUACAUACUAGAUUCUAAAGGUUGUUGCUCCACUGUAUAUACAUCUCAUUCAGCUUAACUUUGAUGAUUUGACCAAGGUGUCUCAUCGAAACCGCCUUACUCAGUAUUCAUUAAUUACUUCACAACCAUCUGCAUGAUGAUAUUUGUCAGGAUUGCAAAGUAUUCGACUGAAAUUUAUAUCGAAUGACAAAGUAUUUAAUACGAGGAAUGAUGUUCAUAAAUAUAUUUAUAAAUCGGUGUAGGUUAUCUAUUUAUUUCCAUCCAUUUGCAACAUAUAGAAU